AUGUUACCCACGCACAACGAGGUCCCAUCAGACAAUUCAAAAACGCAUGCAAAUGUGGCAGCGUCACUGAAUCUUGCUCACAUCGAUAGUUUUCGUCACCCACUGUCUACGAUCAAUAGAACUCCGCCUAUCGAGGUACCGGAAACGGAAAUAAACAACAACCAAGGUAGUGUGAUUCCACAGAAGAACUCGGAUGAAAAUAGUUUUCUGCGCAUGGGGCAUCAUGAAAAUGGAUUCAGUGCGCAAAACUCUUUUAAAUACGCACCAUUACAUGGUCAUGGAUAUAAUCCAAACAGGGCGGAAGAAACUCUUCACAAAACACAGGUCAACUCCCUAAAAGACUCAUUCGAACACGUGCCAAACAUGUUUUCUCACACAUUUACUGGCUGCAGCAGGACAUUUGCUCCACCAUUUUACAGGUUUACUGGUACAACAACAGAAUCUGACAGAGUCGAUUUGAAUUUUGAAAGACUUCAGCCGGCGAUUGAGGUGGAACAACCUUGCAAAAAGAGGCGUCUCUCUGGAACGCAAAAUCAAAGGCCUGAAAUAAGUCAGAAUCAAACGGCUCCCGUAUUGAAAACUUUUCAUAAUGACCAGACCAACUCUUCUCUCGUCCCUUACUCGAACUCUGAAAGUAAUGUAUCCAAUUUAGAACCCCGACAUAAAACACCAGAAAACGCCUGUCACAGACAGGCUUAUUAUAGCCCACCACAUUAUUUACCUCUCUACCACCCGCCAAUGUUACAUGGAUUGCCCGUUCCGGAAUCGCAGCAAGCACCCCAUGCUCCUGACAGCAAUACGACCUCUCUCACUCCUAGUCGACAGACUCCAAUCAUGUCAACACUUCAAACACAAAACGAAAAGACAAAGAAAGUCUGUCAAAGACGAUUGUCGUCACCAGCGGAUUCUGAAAAGUCAUGUGAAGAAGACACAGAGGUCGAUGUCAUCAACGACGCUACAGACACGAGCAUCACGGGCGACACGUCCAGAGACAGUGACAUUUCUAUGAAUUCUGGGAAAUCUUCCCUGUCGACUCCCUCUUCUGUCAGUAGCGUGGAUUCACCGCCGACGAUCAGUCCAGAGGAUCUUUGUCGCAAAAAGACAAGGACCAAUUACACACCUCGUCAAGUACAAGCGUUAGAAAAGGUAUUCCACGAUAAUCCGUAUCCCGAUGCAGAGAAAAUGGAACAUCUCUCAGAAGAACUUGAUAUUCCGGAAAAUAAGCUAAAAGUUUGGUUUCAAAACAAACGAGCGCGCUGGCGAAGGAGAAUGAACGAUAAUUCUCCUCAGGUUCCCCGUUAUAUGGGACUAUCUCCAGUGAUGCCACAGUACGGAUUCAUGGGUCAAAUGAUGCCUCCGCCAAUAUCCCCAGCGCAGGUAGUCCCAGCUCCCUAUGUUCGCACUGGUCCCACUUCGUCACCAACGAAUACGUCACAGGCCAAGCUACCGACGCAUAUGACGCCACCACACCAGUCACGUGGUCAUUUCCCUUCAUAUGUUCCAGUGUAUCCAUAUGGAAUGUUCUCGCCAUAUUAUUACAGCUAACGGUAAAUUUCAGAGACUCGUGUGAAACCAAGACGAUUUUACAUAUUUAAUGAUUUUGUCAAUAAAACUCAAGUAAACUACACACCCAUCUUCUAUUCAUUCUUUUUAUGUACAUUUGUAAAUAUAAUGCAAUGAUAUUGCUUUGUACAUUUUAUUGUAUAUUUUUAUUUGUGUAUAUUUUCACUGGAGAUGUUCUAAAUGGACAUACUGUAUAUUUUACAUUGUAC